UCGGCAGGUGGUGAUCAGUUAAACAUGGAAGCCAUGCAAGACUUCUCGUAUUCACUGCCGUAUAUCAAAAUAAACUUGAAUCAUGAUCUUCACGAGAUUCAACAAGUGCUGCCCUUAAAAGCUCAGUCUCCCCUUCAUUUUUCAGGUCUUCAACUCGACAGCACUUUCGUUAGCAUUUUCUUCUUCAGUUACUUCAUUGCGGUACAUAACUUUGAUCAGCCGUCUCCACCAGAUAUUGCAUCAUCAUGCAGCAGAAGAAUCCACAUAACGUAAGUAUGCACAGACUAUAUCUUGCUCCACAGUCUCGAAACGUUGCUAUUACGAUUGCCUGAAGUUCUAUAGUAAAAAAUGCAUGUUGCUAACACUGUCUAGCAUGGCUUCCAGUCGAUUGUGACCCAGCUCACACUUGGCUUGUUCAUAUUCCCCUUUGCUUCUUCCUACCCAUUUAGCGGAGUGGCGACUCGUGCUUCAAGCAUUCAAGACUGCUUGACUCAGCACUCUGUGCCAUAUCAAGAUAGCGCUUCAUCGUCGUGGGCUACGACAAUUUCUCCUUAUAAUCUUCGUUUACAAUACACCCCAGCUGUUGUUACUUUGCCUACCACCUCACAACACGUCAGCGAUGCCAUUGUCUGUGCCGCCGCAGCUGGACUCAAGGUCCAAGCGAAGUCAGGUGGACAUUCAUAUGCUAGCUAUUCAACUGGUGGUAAAGAUGGAAGCGUCAUCAUCAGUCUUGAAAACUUCAAUUCCAUCAGUGUUGAUAGCAGUAAGUUCAAUUGAUAUGCUGGCUGUGAUAGUGAGCGAAGUCUAAUCAAUAUACUCUAGAAACCAACAUUGCUACAGUUGGAGGAGGUGUACGAUUAGGUAACCUUGCUCUUGGAAUCUAUAGUCAGGGUAAGCGAGCUCUACCGCACGGGACAUGUCCAGGGGUUGGAAUAGGGGGCCAUUUCACACAUGGAGGUUACGGAUACGCAUCUAGACUCUGGGGUUUGGCUCUUGAUACUAUCGUUGGUCUCGAUGUAGUCCUUGCCAACGGAACUCAAAUCCACACCACGGCCACAGCUUAUCCUGAUAUCUUCUACGCAAUGAGAGGAGCCGGUGACUCUUUCGGCAUAGCUACAAACUUCUACCUUGAAACUUUUGCGGCUCCAUCCUCCGUUCUUACCUUCUCAGCUAGUAUCCCCGCAGCACUUAAUAGUGUCAGCACUGCUGUUUCAUCCUUCACCAAACUCCAGGAAUUUACUCUCGACCCCACCCAGAUCAACAACAAUAUCACAUUUGGAAUCUAUACCGAUAACUACGGAUCUUUCAGUCUGAGUGGUUGGUGCAUGAGUUGCGAUCUGGACCAUUUCAAAAGCGUCACUUUCCCUGCGAUGCUAUCCGCUUUUCCCACGCCCGCAUCAAGCUCUGUUAAGUCUCUAGGAUGGACGGAUGCUUUAGUCAGUGCGGACAAUGGAGGAGAGCUCCAGACACCAUUAACUGGAUAUGAUGCUCACGACACAUUUUACGCGAAAUCUGUGGUGACUAAGAAUGCACAGCCAUUGACCAAUUCCCAAUUGACUAGUUACUUCACUUACAUUUUGAAUCAAGGAAGAAGUGCGCCGUCUCCUUGGUACACUAUUAUUGAUUUAUAUGGAGGUGCGGGUAGUCAAGUCAAUGUGCCUUCUUCUGAUUCAUCGGCCUACUCUGAUCGUGACGCUCAUUGGGUUUUCCAAGUAAGAUUUAUCUCAAUAAUUUAAGUAUUUUCACUCUAACUAACAUUCAACAGAACUACGGAUUUACCACUAACUCGCUGCCACCAUAUGACGAUGCUAUAACGCCCUUCGUCGACUCUCUCAAUAGCGCUCUUUCAGCCGGUGCAUCCACAGACUUUGGGGCAUACCUCAACUAUGUGGACCCACAACUAAGUGCAACCGAUGCUGCUAUGCUUGGAUAUGGACAAAGUACUUACAACAAAUUAUUGACCAUCAAAAAGGCCGUUGAUCCCAACGAAGUGUUUUGGAAUCCACAGAGUAUUGGUGCUGCCGAUGAUACCGAUAGUACCAGCAACGGUAGUAGCGGAACAACAACUUCAACUGCGCCUACAUCUACAUCCACAACGCCAAAACCUAGUACAAAAUCACCAUUGAAGGUUUCAACAGAUGCGUCCUGUGGCAAUGGAUACACAUGUAAAGGAAGUUCGUUUGGAGAUUGCUGUUCGUCGUAUGGCUGGUGUGGUAGCACGAGCACGUACUGUGGUUCAGGCUGUCAGAGUGGAUUCGGAACUUGCUCGUGAGAAUUCGAAGUACAACAUUUUUUGGAGUUGAUUGGGAUAGACGGAUACGGGAUAUGAUAAUCAUGUGAUUUCGCUGGGCAUGGUAGGCUCUCACAUAGUUUUGUACAGUACCUAGUAUUAAAUUUGAUAGAUAAUUUUUUGUUUUUUGAAUCAAUCGUAACAGUAUGAAGCAAAGCAAUUUAUUAACUUCAUCGUCUUCAUGGUGAUGCCAAACAGUUGGAAGGUUGGAAAAUCACAUGAAGAAAAGGUUCUAGAUAGACGGAUGCCGCUAGGCAUAUGAGGUGUGAAUGUUGUCUAGGGAGGUCAUGAUCGGUAUAGUGUUUGGAUGAUGAGCUAUAGUAUUUGGGAAUAUGACCUUUAGAAAGAUCCUUAUAAAGACAUAGGAACGAACUAGAAAGGGAUAAUAUCUUGAACUCCUCA